GGAUGACCAAGAUGGGAGGGGAUGUCAUCCAUCCACCCAUACCACCUAUAAGUACCCACAGGCUCAACCUGGAAUGUAAAAAGGGAUCUGUUGAUGAACUCAGUUACGAGGAGGAGAAACAAUCUGUUUGAAUCACGAUGGGCCAGUUGGCAUCUAGACGCAAUGGUGCGAGUGCAGGAAUUUUUCCUGACGCGCACACAUCAUCCUCGAUGGAGGAACCUCCCAGGUACUCGCAACAUUUUGACGGCAACAACCCGAGUCAUAUUCCAAACAUCCACAUUCAUCGAAUGAGCAUAAUCUCAGAAAGUGUAGCAGAACUCCCAGGCAAGAUGGAGAUGCAGAAGUCUUCCUUGUACCGGACGUUGGACCGGGUGCCACAGUUGGAGCAUUACUCCAACUCGCUGCCACGCAGGCAGGCGAAGGCCCGGCCUACUCUGGCAGCUCUCCGCAAGACAUUCAAGGAAAUGGAGGAGGAAAAGCCACCGAUCACUGACGGUGAAAAUGAAGACUCAAAUGAAAAAAAACCAGAGCCUGUUAAACUGGGCUGGGUGCUUGGAGUCCAGAUUCGUUGCAUGCUAAAUAUCUGGGGAGUGAUUAUGUUUCUCCGUCUGACGUGGAUCACUUCUCAGGCAGGCAUCGUGUUGACCUGGGUCAUGGUAUUUCUGUCUGUGACAGUCACCAUAACAACUGUCCUUGCUAUAUCUGCUAUAGCCACCAAUGGAAAAACAGUGUCAGGUGGGCCGUAUUUCAUGGUCGCCCGCUCUCUGGGUCCUGAAGUCGGUGGACCGAUCGGUCUGAUCUUUGCCAUUGCCAACGCUCUGUCCUCUGCUCUGAACGCGGUUGGCUUUGCAGAGGUGGUCAGUCAACUAUUGACCAGCUAUGGCACUAAAAUCGUCGACCCAGUUAAUGACGUUCGUAUCGUGGGGGUGAUCACAAUAACUCUUCUUCUGCUCAUAUCACUCGCUGGAAUGGAGUGGGAGUCUAAGACCCAGAUGUUAUUCUUCAUCGCUCUUAUGAUCUCUUUUAUCGGCUAUACGGUGGGCACGAUCAUCCCUCAAACAGUAGUGAAACAGUCCCAGGGCAUCUUUGGAUACAAAAGUGAGAUCUUUGUAGCGAAUCUGGUACCAGACUUUAGAGGAGGGAACAACUUUUUCAGCAUGUUUGCCAUUUUCUUUCCUGCCACCAAUGGUAUCCUGACUGGAGUCAACAUCAGUGGAGACCUCAAGGAUCCUAACAGAGGUAUACCCAGAGGGACCCUCCUGGCAGUUUUUUGGACCACUCUCACCUAUUUAGCUCUUCCCAUCACUGUUGGUGCCUGCGUUGUGCGAGAUGCUUCUGGAAACAUAACUGACAAGAUACCUGCCAACUCCACUGGACCCUGUGUGAGUCUAGCAUGUGACCUGGGCUGGAACUUCACAAACUGCAUUGAGGAACAGACUUGUGCGAACGGUCUGGCCAAUGAUUUACAGGUACUGGGAGAGGUUUCAGUGGCCUUCCACCUCAUCACGCUCGGUGUGUUUGCAGCCAGCUUGUCAUCAGCUCUAAGUUACUUAGUGUCUGCUCCUAAAAUCUUUCAGUGUCUCUGCAGAGAUGACAUAUACCCAUACAUCCGAUGGUUCGAAAAGGGUUAUGGAAAAAGUGAUGAGCCACUCCGAGCCUACAUCCUCACCUAUAUUAUAUGCGUGGCCUUCAUUUGCAUUGCUCAGCUGGACAUUAUCGCAGCCUUGAUUUCCAACUUUUUCCUGUGUUCCUAUGCUCUCAUCAACUUUACCUGCUUCCAUGCUAAGAUCACCAACUCCCCUGGUUGGAGACCUACGUUUAAAUACUACAAUAACUUAAUUUGUAUCUAUGGAGCCCUGUCAUCUCUGAUCCUGAUGUUCCUGCUGACCUGGUGGGCUGCCCUUGUCACCAUCGUGGUCGUCAUCUUGCUGCUUCUAUAUUCAAGCUACAAAAAGCCAAAUGUGAACUGGGGAUCAACACUUCAGGCACAAACAUACAACAUGGCCUUGUCAUACUCAGUCUCUCUUUCUAGAGUGCAGGAUCAUGUCAAGAACUAUAGGCCACAGUGUCUCGUUCUGACCGGGUCACCUCAGCAGAGACCUGCACUUGUGGACUUUGUUGGCUGCUUCACCAAAAAUACAAGCCUCAUGAUCUGUGGAGACAUAAUCAUGGAGGAAAGGAAGCCUCAGCCAUCAGAUACCACAGAGUGGUUGCUCAAGUGGAUGAACCAGAGGAAAGUGCGUUCGUUUUAUACCCCUUUCAAAGCAAACAGCCUCAGAAUUGGAACCAGAACCUUGCUUCAGGCUGCUGGUCUUGGGAAAUUAAAGCCCAACACUUUGGUCAUUGGCUUUAAGUCAAACUGGAAGGAGUGUCCUGCAGAGAGCCUCGACGAUUAUGUCAACACCAUUAAUGAUACCUUUGACACCAACUACUCUCUGUGUAUCUUGAGGAUGAUGGACGGUCUGGAUAUGUUUGACCUUGACUGUGAAGUCAACCAGGCCUUUGAGUUUGAUGACGCAGAGGACAACCCCCCACCUCCUGACAUGGUGACAGCUGAGGGCACAACCGAUAAAAGCGAGAGCGAUCCAAUAAAGACAGUGUUUCAGAACGACCAGGGGAAGAAGAACAUCGACAUCUACUGGAUAGCUGACGAUGGAGGGCUGACGCUGCUGUUGCCCUACCUGCUCACCAGGAGGAAGCACUGGCGCAAGUGCAAGGUCAGAGUCUUCAUCGUGGGGGAUGAGCAGAACAUGGAGGAACAGCAGAAAGCAAUGACAGACCUACUCGAGAAGUUCCGUCUGGAGUUUGAGGAAGUUAUAGUCAUGACGGACACUGAGAAGAACCCACAGACCAAAAACCUCAAUAGGUUUGUGGACAGUGUCACCUCCUUCAGGGUAUUUGAUGAACAGAAGGAGAGUGCCUCAGUUCAGGAGUUAGGACAAAGUGCUCCAUGGGAAAUAACUGACAACCAAUUUGACGCCUUGAAGCUUAAGUCAGAGAGAAAGGUGAGGUUGAACGAAAUCAUCCGAAGGCAUUCACAAAAUGCAGCCAUCCUGUUUGUGACGCUUCCGGUGCCACAGAGGGACUGUCCCAGUUCUCUGUACAUGGCCUGGCUGGACGCGCUAACAUGCGGCAUCCACUGUCCUGUGGUGCUCAUACGAGGAAACCAGCAGAACGUCCUCACCUACUACUGCGAGUGAAUCCUGUCUCGGACGCUUGGAGGAGUUUCAUGGCGUCUGAUACUGUAUUUUAGGACCUUCUUAGUCAAAUAGGCAAAGUAAGACGUUGUAAGAAGAGUGAUACUAGUGCUGAGGGAGGUGGUUUGAUAGUAGUCUGAUAUUAGUUGAAUUUAAAUCAAAUCUGUAAUCUUACACCUCUGUUAACAGACACAGUACUAGCUAAAGACAGCUUAAUCUCAAAGGCAGGAAGUGAACAGCUCAGCUUUGGUUCAGAGAUUUGUUGCAUCCUGCUUUGGUUGGUCACAUCUACUGGAUCUACUGACGCUUAAUGUCUGCAUCAGCUGAAAUGGCCCACAUAUUCUAACCUGUGGUGUCAGUUGACAGUGUGUGUCUGUACUGCAAGUGGAUGCACAGUAGAUGCUUUGUCUUUAUUUCUUAAUGAUUUGUAAAUAAUGCGUACUACAAACAGUCUAUGUGCUUGAUGAGCUAAAGCAUGUGUGUGCAAUGAUCUUUAAGCAGCCUACAUCCUUAAAGUACGAUGAACACAACUCUCACUGCUCCAACAGGAUAAAGUCUAGACUUGGAGCCAAUAGUUACAUCUGAAGAGAUGGCGCUUCCUUAGUGCUUGUAGAGGUUACACCUACAGUCGAUUUUAAAUGUAAAAUAAAUAAAGUGAAUAAUGAAGAUUCUCAGGUCUUAUACUGUAUAUCACUGUAUUCAGACAAAGUACAGUACAGAAACAUGCUAGUGCUGCAUAUUGUACUGUAGUUAUUAUAUGUAUUUUAUUGUUAACCAUUGUUAUUAGUUGUACUACACCUCACCACCAGUUAUACUGUAUCUUGUGUAUAUACUGUAUGUCCUGUUUCCUGGAAACAUCUUUUGGCUUGAACUUGUGAAACCAAUUAUCUUUAUUUGUUUUAAAUGUUUUGCUGCAAUAUCCAGUGUGCUUCAUUGGCCUGUUGAUGUGAGUGUAUGUAAAUACAGUAUGAACUUUCCCUACA